AACGUUUAAGCACGGAACGAUUCAAACUUUCUCUUCGAUCGAAGUCUUGAAACGGUUAUCAUCGAAAUGGACAAUAACGAAGGGAGAAGUCUGGGAUACCGUUUAUGCAGGACCCUUUCCAAGUCUUUUCUAUUCAGUCUGCCAUAAAUACGGAAACACACGAUUGUACUAUCGGCGGGAACGAUAAAAAUAGACCUCCCGUAUAGGUUAAGUUUGGCUCGCUUACUAUCGGGCCGCAAGUUACGAUUAAAAGAGCGCGGCGCAGAUCCGCCCAGGCCGUGUUUCGAAUUCUCGGUUUCGAAGAAUACGACAGGGGUGACAGAGGGGUCAGAAGGCCAACUCUUCUCGAGAACUAAACGUCGGAAGCUCAAUUCUCCGAAUCCCAACUCGGAAGACUUUCGCGGAUUUAUGCUUAUCGUAAACAUCAUUGCAGACGAAUCUCGUGGCAACUCGAUCCAAUGGAUGAGAGAUCCGUGUGCUGAUAACUCGAAACAAACAACGAUACCACGAAGACGUAAAUACGAAUCGAAGAAAGAGAGAUACAAUUAUCAACGAUCCCGAUUGUAAACUUUCGUCGAGGGCAACGAGGUUCCACGCUCUCGACUUAUGGCCGGUUAAAGUCAAUUCGAUAGCAGUUAACGAAUUGUUGGGGGUGAAUAGAAGGGGUUUGCGGUUAACGCGAGGGGUUGACAGGGGAACGCAUAAUACAUUGUUACCCCAUCCACCGGAUUCAACUUCCCCUUCCACGUGCAGUAAUUUUCUCCGCGCGAAACUCGACAUCGGAGUGAACUAUCUCAUAAUUAAAAUUACCGUACUAUACGUACGCAAUCGAGAGACUUCAACACUCUAAUAUGCGUUGAAUUUACGUUAUAUUCGUCACGGCUGUUAUUUGUCGCUUAAUUAUCAUUAAUUAUCAUCGAUAUAUUCACAUUGCUACACCUGUCAUAGUCAUUCAUUUUUUCAUUUUAAAAGAUUAAUUUUAAUUUUUUAUUUUUUUCAAUGAUUUAUUUGUUUAAUGAUAAAAAAUUAGGUUAAGUUAAAAAAUUUAUUGAAAAAGGGAUUAAAAAUUCUUCUUUUAAAAUGAUAUUAUUUAUGGAAUGAUAACAAUAAGACAAAUAAAAUAAUAAUAAUAAGACAAAUAAAAUAAAAUAAAAUAUUUCAACUUUUAUAUAUUUUUUUUAGACAGUUCUUAAUGAAUGCAAUACACUACAGAUUAUUUAUUACAAAUAAAAUUUUGAUUAAUAAGCAUUUAUAAUAUAAUUUAAACAUAUAUAAUAAUUAGUCAUAAUUAAUCAUAAUAUAAAAAGCAUAUAUGAGUCAUAUUUCAUUUUAUGAAAAUAAAAAUUAAAAAAUAUUUUUUUUUUGCAUGAUAAUUUGUUUAAAACAAAUUAUAUAUAAAAUUCUUAUUUAAAUAAUAAUAAAUUAAUAAUUAAUUUUAAUAACUUAGCCUAAAAAUAGUACUUCGAGUUAUAGUAUCUUUUAUAAUGAGAUUUAUAUUGAAAUAUCGAGUAUCGAGCAAUUUCAUUUAUCCGAAAUUUGAUAUAGAAGUGUUGUUUUUAAAAUUAUUUGUUAAAUUUUCCCAUUUCAUGCGCGAAAGUGUUUAAGUGAGAAGAAAAUGAGGGUGGUGGCAAAUACCAGCUUUCUUCCCUCCAACCUUUGCCCGUCGAUUUAAAACAUUUGCCCUCCGCGGAACGAAAGUUCUUCGUGUCGUUCGAGAUGGGGUGCCACGAAAUCACCCUAAUAUUGGAUUAUAUCGAUAUACGGGACGCACAUAUAUCAUACAAUGGGAUCGGAACGCAUAGGUUACUAAAUUUCCGAUUUCUUUACGAAGAUGUCACAGAAUUUCUCGUGAUCAGCAGAUCACAAAUUUUAAUUUCAACUUAUUUUAAUUCACGUUCGAAAAUUUAAAUUGGAUAUUCACUCAAUAUAAUAUAUUUAGCGAAUAUUAAAUACCAUACUUGAAGGUUAGGUUAGGAAGAUUAAAUUAAAUUAGAUUAAAUUAAAUAGAUUAAAUGAAAUAUGUUUUAUUUGAGGAAAAUAAAUUUUAAAAAUUUGUUAAAUUUAUUGUUUCAUUAUUAGACAAAAUUAAUCCUUUAUAUUUGUAAUAUAAUUUUGAUUAUUCGAAUAUAAGAUGAAUGAUGAAUAUAUGUGUUUAAUUAUAUAUAUUUAAUUUAACAUAUUUAUUAAUAUUUAUAUUCAUUAAUAUUUUAAAAUAUAAUAUGGACUAAAAACGAUUUUAUAAAUUUAUUUUACAAAAAAUAUAUUCUCUUAUAUAAUAAAUAUUCAUUUUUAAAAAUUAUUUAAAUUUUAAUUAUUUUAUUAUAUAAUGAAAAGGUUCUUCCUAAUUGAUUAUCCGAAUGGAUUUUUUUGCAAUUUAAUUCCAAUAAUCAAUAUUCUAUUAUAACUAUUAUAACUAUUUUAUUUUUUUCAAUAAUAAAAAAAAUAAAGUUAUCAUGCUAAAGAUUACAAUACAAAGAAUUUAUCAUUUAACCUAAUAUAAAUCUCAUUCAAAAAUUUUCUCGAUAUCAAUCUUAAUCGAUAUAGUAUAUAUCGAUUAAUUUCGAUAAUCGAUAUUCUAUUAUAUUUCAUUAAUAAUUGAAAAAGAUAAAAUUAUUGCAUAAAAAAUCAUAAUAUAUAUAAAGGAUUAAUUGUUUCGUUUUAUAUUAUUAUAAUUGAAAUAAACGAAAAUAAUUAUCAGAGUGGAUUUACCACUUAACUUAAUACACAUCUUAUUUGAAAACUUUUUCGACGUCAAUCUCACUUAGUGAAAAAAAAAAAAAUAAAAUCUCCUUGAAAAGAGGGUGACAAGUAGCGACCUCGACAAGGUCGAUGCAUUUAGGAACUCUUUAAUCGAACGAUUCGGUAGUCAGGGUAAUGACGUGUGCUCGAGCACACGGCUCCACAGUGUUUAGCACUUUAUCUAUCUCCUCCUUGUUAUUAAUGACACUCGCUGAGUCAGAUGCCGCGGCGAAGUGCGGCAUCUUCAGAGUUUAAUAUCCGAAGAAUCGAGUCACUCGGCCGACUACUUGGGCCGCGGUUGGCCUCGAGUAGAGUAGUACACUCGUGAUUCGAGACCGGUGGGCCGGGACAUUUCGCUUCCAAUAUCCUUCACCCUGGCCGAAUAGAGAAAAAGAGAGAGAAAGAGAAGCCUAUUCGAGUGUCGCCUAUUCGCGGCAAACGAACACGCUUUCAUUUCGCACAAGCACUGUGGACGAGUGGUUCAAAUAUAAAAAGAAGAAUUCUAUCGCGACACCAACUAACAGACAAAAAUUGAGAAUCUUGCCGCGAGAGGGAAGCAGAGACCAUCUUUCAUUACGUUUCUCGAUUAUUACGCACGAUAUAUCCGAAUAAAAAAUUCGUCGCAUGAAUAAACCGGAUAUAGAUAAAAACGAUUGUAUUAUCUAGUACAGAUUUUGAAUAAUGUUUUCAAUCGAGGAUUGUUCUAAAUUUGCAAAAUAAUUGAAAUAAAGAUAAAAUCAUUGUGAAAAUACAGAACAAUAUUAUAAUAUAUAAUAUAUGUAAUAAAUAAUAAUUAUUGUUUGAUUAAAUUCUACUUUUUUUAAUAAUUUUUAUCGAUUUUUAUCAAUAAAUAAAAUUUAUAAUAUUAUUUAUCCAAAAUUGAAAAAUCUAAUGAUAAUUUUUUUUUCAUAUCCAGUUUAUUUCUAUGAAUUGUCAUGUGUUAAUAUUAAUAUUAAAAAAAUAUGAAAUAUUAAUAAUUAAUCACUAUGAAUAAUAAAAAAUUGUUUACAUAGUAGAAAAGUACAUAGUAGAAAAUGCAUAUUUUACAUCUAAACUUAUCAUAGAAUAAUCAGUAGAAUGUGUGAUGAAUUUUUUAUUAGACAUAGCAUGCUUCCUAUCAUAUAUUAUUAAAUAACGCAUUGUAUUUCGUUCGAUAGGUAGUAUUAAUACUACAUGCUUAAAAUCAUUCUUAUUAUUAUUUAGUAGAGGUAAGAUAAAUUUUAUGUGAAUAGGUGUAAUGAUUAUUAACUAUAAUUUGUUUAAUUAAAAGGUAAGUGAUCUUUUAUAAAAUAUAUAUUGUGUAAUAUUUUGUUUAAAAUUGUAAGAAAUUUGAUUGCAUUUUUUAUAUUUUUUAUUCCCUUUUCGAUAAUAAUUUAAGUAAUUUAAUAACUUAAAGUUAAAAAUAAAAAACAGAGAUUUGAAAGAAGAGUUCGAAGAAUCUUUUUCGUUGGAAAAGGAAUUGUUAAAUAACAUUGAAUUCAUAAAAAAUAUGAAACGCAUGCGAAAACAAAGUUGUUGCAAUAUUUUGCAAAAGAUAGUACGAAAUUGUUUGAAAAUUAUUAUGAAACAAAUCUCAGAGUUUUGUCAGAAAACAGGACUACAUGGAUGCAAAUACAUUUGCGAAUCUCAACGUUCAAUGAUAGAAAGUGUUUCUGAUAGAGUCAUAUGGGCAAUAAUGGUGUUUUCAUCCCUGUGCAUCGCGAUUUGGAUGAUGAAAAUUACUUACGAAUAUUUUAUGAAAAAUCAUAUUCUCACAGUGAUUGAAACGACGCAUCAUGGAAUAUGGAAUUAUCCAUUUCCAGCGGUGACGAUAUGCGAUUUCAAUCGCGUAUCUCUCAAAUUGACGAAAAAAUUAGUCGACAAUUUAAAACUUCCACCAGCUGUGUCAAAGGAAUUUGUUGUUGAAGAAAUGAGAUUAUUGGACGAAUUAUUAUAUCCUGGUGUACACGGAUUAUACAUUCGAAAUAAUCUCUCACGAUUACAAAACAUUUUUGAGAUGAAUAAUCUUACGAUACCGAUCGUCAUGAAUUCUGUUACGCGAAGUUGUGAAAGUUUAUUAGAAUUGUGUAAAUGGAAAACAAAAAAAGAAGAUUGCAAUAGUAUAUUUCAAACGAGUAUCAGUCGUAAUGGUAUAUGUUGUAGUUUUAAUUAUAUCACUCAUGAUUUGAUUAUGAAACAGCCAAGCAUAAAACCACGUAAAAUAACUUCUUGUGGAUAUCAGAGUGGACUCAAUAUUCUGCUUAAUUUCGAUGUCGAAGAUUAUCAUGCCAGUAUUGUAGAAUCUAUAGGAAUAAAGAUUAUGUUACACGAUCCUUAUGAUUAUCCUGAUUAUGAUGCAUCAAGCAAAUUAAUAACUGUAAAUAAAUAUUCAUUUUUAACUGUUAAACCUAUGGAGAUUUAUUCAACUAAGGAUAUCAAAUGGGUAUCUAAUAAACAGUGCACAUUACAUAACGAAGAAAAUACAAUAUCUGAUAAUUUGAAAAGAAACUUCAUUUCUUCAAGAUAUUCGUUCAUAAAUUGUCUGACGGAUUGUCGAGCAACUGUAAUUAAAAAAGAAUGUGGAUGCAUCCCGUAUUAUUAUCCACAAAAUAAUACUAGAAUAUGUAAUUUGAGAGAUGUCGAAUGUCUAGAAACAUUUAAAUUUUGGUAUGACACCUCAUGGCCAGGAACAGAUAUGUCACCUAAAACUUUACCAUUUGUAGAAUUGGAUAUUAAAAAUAAACCUUGUAAUUGUAAACCUGAUUGUAAUUUUUAUCGUUAUAUUAUGGAAUAUUCAGCAGCAAGCCUUGACAAACGCGUUUAUUAUAAUGAUUUUACUUAUACAACUUAUUUCAGCAAAGGUAAAAGUUGGAAAAAUCAGAGUAUAAUUCAUAUAUUUUUUGGAGAUUUAAUUUCCAUUCGGUAUCGUCGAGAUACACGUUAUGGCUGGCGUCAUAUAUUUGCAACAUAUGGCGGUCUUUUAGGGAUAUUCGCUGGUUUUAGUUUUAUGUUUAUUUUUGAAAUUAUUUAUUUUUUUAUUAUUCGAAUUUUAACAGAUGCAUAUGCAAGAAAAAAUAUGGAAUAAUAAAUUAGAUGGUAAAAAUUUUUAUUAACUAUAUAAAAAAAUUUUAUAUAGUUAAAUAUAUGUUAUUGCACUUUAUUACAUUUUAUAUUGAAAAUAUUAUUUUUUAUUUUUUUAUAUUUAUGCUUUGUACUCUGGAAAUUGAAAAUCGGAAGAUAAUCGAUAUGACUUUAUUUCAGGUAAUUGAGCAACGGAAUUUAUUCCAUUUAAUACUCCUUUUUUUUCCCCUACCGAAUCAAUUGUUUUUGAAACAGCUUUCAAAAAUGUAAUUUUAUUUUUUCCACUUUGUAAAAUAUUACAAAAUUCUUGUAUAAACCAUGAUCCUACAAAAUUAUAAAUUUAAUGUAUAAAUAAUAUUUAAAUUAAUAUUUAAAACUUAAAUAUUAUAUAUAUAUAUAUUAUAAUUAUUUAUUACCUUUUUCUUUAUGGCGCACAGAUACAAAACCUUGUAUAGUUGACAUGAAUAUACAAAAAUUUCUGUAUGAUAAAAUA